AUGUCUGAACCAAAGUUACCAGCACCUGACCCAACCCUUCAUCCUUCUUCCAUGGCUCGUGAACACCGCAAGGGUAACUGGACCCUCCAAGAAACCCUCAUCCUCAUCACAGCCAAGAAACUGGACGAGGAACGCAGGCUCAAAGCAACUUCUUCUUCCUCCUCUCCCUCUUCUUCCAACAGAAACAGUGGUGAGUUAAGGUGGAAAUGGGUGGAGAACUAUUGCUGGAGCCACGGGUGCUUGAGGAGCCAGAACCAGUGCAACGACAAAUGGGACAAUCUCUUACGUGAUUACAAGAAGGUUCGAGAAUACGAGGCCACCAAAUCAUCAUCAUCAUCAUCGCAUGUUUCACACAACAACAACGAGUUUGAAUUUCAAUCUUAUUGGACAAUGGAAAAACACCAACGCAAGGAGCGGAAACUACCCUCCAACAUGCUUCUCCAAGUAUACCAAGCUGUCACACAAGUGUUGCAGAAGAAAUCACACACUCCACAAUAUCAUCAUCAACAACAUGUUCUAAAUGUUGUUCAUCCACCACCACGCCAACAACACGUGCCAUUGCUAACUUCAACCUCACAGUCACUGUCACAGACAACCCCGGUGGCUUCUCAUCCGCCACUGUUAUCGCUUCCGCCACCGCCUCUUCCUCCACCGCCACCUGACUCCACUACUCCGGCUGUUUCAGGAUCAGAAUCUAGUGGCACAGAGUACAACGAAGAGGACUGUAUCUCGGAAUCGAAACGCAGGAAAUUUGAGCAGAAACUUGGUUCAAGCAUAAUGCGCAGUGCAUCGGAGUUGGCACGAGCUCUUGAGAGCUGCGAGGAGAAGAAGGAGGAGAGGCACCGAAAGAUGAUGGAGCUUCAUCAGCGACGCCUUCACAUGGAAGAAACACGAAACCAAGUGAACCAGCAAGGAAUCACCAACCUUGUUUCUGCAGUAUCCAAUCUCACUGGUUCCAUUCAAUCACUCGUCACUUCCAUCAACAAAGAUAAUUGUGGUGGUGGGAACGGUGAUGAUGCAUCUUCUUCUUAA